GUUACAUAUGGCAAAUGUCAGCCUUCCACGUCCAUUUGUGUACGCAAAUGGUGCAAUCGGAGUCAUAUUUAUUGCAACAAAGUAUAUAUAAUCAUAAGUAUUAUGAUUAGGGAAAGUUGAUGAACAUCUUUUCUUACUGCUCUGUUUAUUUGUUUUUGGUUUUUCCACUUGCUCGGACAGGUGAGGGGACAUAGUAGCUAUAGGCUACGUAUAGCUAGCAAGCUGAACAGCAGUAUCGUCAAGUCGGAGUUUUUAAAUUGAAAGGGGUUUAUGGUACAGUAGAUAGAUUUUUUUUUUUUGGGGGGGGGGGAGCCAUCAUGAUGUUUGGUCGCCCCAAAGCAGGCCCUAGUAGCCACCUGAAGAAUGUAGUCAUCCUCGUUGUAUUCAGCCUUCAUUUCGUUGAUAUCCUGACCGAUAAAUCUCUAUCCGCCCUGACCGUGGUGGACAACCCUGAAAGCACCGUGGAGGAUGAGGAGGUUCACCUUGAUGGGGAGGGAGAUACGGAGGACCUUGAGGUGGUCCAGCCGACACUCUUGUGGCAGACUCUGAAACCAGGCCAGGCGGUACCGAUAGGUUCUCACGUGAGGUUGAAUCUGCAGACUGGACAGAGAGAGGUUCGGCUCGGGGAAGAACAGCUUAAGUACCUGGGAGAUAAACACAGGGAGGUGGAGGACAAUGGCAAGGCUCCAUUGUUUUCCACUCAGGAACUGAAGAACGCACUCAAAAAGUUAAAAGAAGGAGUGGAGCCAGAGACCACAGAACAGGAAGAAACGGCCAAGGAGUCGGUGCGGUCCCAGUUCCGUCCUAUCGAGGAGCUGAAGAAAGACAUGGCCCAGUUAGACAUCCUGGUGGAAACAGACUCCCAGAUCAUGGCUCGUCUGGUGGCCCAGUUCAACGGCUCCUCGGCCAGCCUGGAGGAACGUCUCAAGGUCCUGCUUGACCUGGAAUACCUGGUGCAUCAGGUGGACAAUGCCCAGAACCUGGCCUCUAUGGGUGGUCUGAAGCUGGUGAUAGAGAGUCUGAACAGCACUGACCAUCGUAUGCAGGAGAACGCAGCCUUCGUACUGGGGUCUGCCCUAUCCAGUAACCCAGUUGUCCAGGUGGAGGCAGUAGACUCUGGAGCGUUACAGAAGCUGCUGACCAUGCUGGCCACUCCUCAUCCCAUGGCCGUGAAGAAGAAGGUGCUGUUCGCCUUAGCUGCUCUGCUCCGUCACUUCCCCUUUGCCCAGAACCACUUCUUGAAGCUGGGGGGUCUGCAUGUGUUGGGAGAGCUGUUCCGUGGCACGGGGGGCGAGGUUCUGAGAGUCAGGGUGGUCACUAUGGUCUACGACAUGAUCAUGGAGAAGGAGCUGAACUCCCAGACAGGACUGGACAUCAUCCCUGACACUGCCCACCAGGAGCGCUUGCAUCAGUACUCCCAGAUCUCCCUCCUGCCCUUGUUGGCAGAGCAGGGCUGGUGCGGCCUAGUGCCCGAGCUGCUGGAGUCUCCAGAGCACGACUGGAGGGAGAAGGCCCUGCGAGCCCUGCUGGCCAUGCUGCGUCCCUGCCGGGGCCACUUCCAGCAUGACCGGGGCCUGACGGACGUGCUGGGGGCUCUGAGGGGCCAGUACCAAGAGCUGGUAGUGAUGGAGACCAGUUUGGGGGAGGAAGGAGGGUACUUUGGGGAGAUUCUGGACCUGCUGAAUACCCUGGUACUCAGGCUCAAGUGACCCUGAGGCUUGGAGAGAGAGUAUGGAGGGAGGGUGAGGAGGCAGCAACCUGGGACAGGAGCCUGGGGUUGGGUGGUGGCUGAAUUGGGGGGAGAGAAGACCUCCAGUAGCAGGGUUAACAAAACCUCCCUAGGUGUGGGAAAGACUAUAAAGAUAUGACUGGCUUAAUGCCUUAAUUUGUUCUGAAUGAAAGGCUACCAUGUUGCAGACACUGAACCUAUUUUCAGACAGUGCAAGAUACAUUACCUCUGACAAACACACAGUACCACAACCCUGAAAUCAACGGCCUAACCUACGAUCAUCUAAACUUGCCCUGCUGAUAGUGAGGCCAAAAGAUGGACAGGUAUUGCAAGGUAAUACAUGUAUGUAUACAAUGGGUUGUGCUAUGAUUGUUGAUAGGAAUUUGGCAAAGCAAUGGCUUUGUCUUUUAUUGAGGGAAUGUGAAAUAACUUUUUUCAUUCAAUGUCAGGAAGUGUUGACAAUAACAGAUGAUCUACUUCCUUCCAGUCUAAGCUUUGGUUCUAAGGUGUGUUUGGUAUCCCUCACGGAGAGACUCAAAUAAAGAUAUAGCAGCCUAGUGACCCUGAAAGCCAGGUUCUAGCAAUCGGGAGGACCGACAUCAUCUAAGCUAUCCCACCAUGCCUUGCUGAUAGUGAGACCAUAAGAUAUUGGACAGGUAAAUGUACUGUAGCUUGAGCAAGAAGGUCAAACAGUGGGGUAUGGAUGCUGUAGAACUUUAUUACAGUUUUGUACGACAUGUAUAAUAGCCAACAAUGGCUGUGAUCCUUGGGUGGUCAGCCUGGAGACCAUCCUCUCAUAAGCCUGUUGACAGCCAGACUGGCUGGAUGACUCGACCUUACACAUCCCACUGUGCACCACCAUGACGUGUAGGUUAUUGGAUGUAAAUUGUGUAUUAUUUAUUAAAGCAUAAUUAAUGAAGACAGUA